UAUUUAGUAAAUGUGUUAAAAGAGUAAGAAACAAAAUAGGGUGAAAAAAGCAAACACAAAGAGAGGAAGUGAGGGUCGCUUUUGGUGAAGACAACAUAAAAGCGCCGUAUUUUUGAUUUGUCGUCCAGAAAUCUACUGUGUCCCAUGCUGUAAAUCUUUUGUAUUUGAAGGCGUUUUCUCCUCAGAGCAUUGUUUCUUUAGCCCACAGAUCUUGAGAGAAAGUCAUAUAGUAGCAAUGGAGAUGGAGGGGAAGAGGGAGAACAUGGAGAAAGAUUUUGUGUUGCAAUGGGGAAACAGGAAGAGGCUUAGGUGUUUCAAUAAGCUUAAAAAAGAGCACCGUUUUGGCAACAGCAGCAGCAGCAGCAGCAAGCCAACAACAACAGAGCCUUUACCUUUGCCAAAGAAGAAGAUGGCUUCUUCACCUGUUGCCAAUCGUCUCAACAGGCAUAUUUCUGAUUUGGCAACAAAUAAACCAAGAUCAGCAUUGACAUCACCAGAGAAGGAAGAUAGGUACUAUGCAACAAGGGGCUCGGGUUCAUUAGGACUGGAUGACAAUACAAAGGUUUUGAUGGAUCAUCAGGUAAAGGAAGAUAAACGCAUUGUGUGGCCAAAGUUGUUCACCACAUUAUCUUGUAAAGAAAAGGAACAAGAUUUCAUGGCUAUGAAGGGAUGUAAGCUUCCUCAAAGGCCAAAGAAAAGGGCAAAGGCGAUCCAAAGAAGCAUACUCUUGGUGAGCCCUGGGGCAUGGCUAUCGGACCUGUGCCAAGAGAGGUAUCAAGUCAGGGAGAAGAAAACUUCAAAGAAGAAACCAAGAGGACUGAAGGCCAUGGGAAGUAUGGAAAGUGAUUCAGAAAGAGAAUUAUGCAAAGGAAUGAAUGAAACCGUUGAUUUUGGUUGUUAGGAGAGACAAUUAAAGAUAUGGAUUUUCUUUUUUUAGUGCCAUUGUUGAAUAGAUAGUUAAAGGGCAAAAAUAGGGUCUCUCUUCUUGUAUUUGAUUCUGUAGCUCUGCAAAUUCUGAUCACAUUUGGACUCAGUAUCUCUCUUUCUAAGUCUAAAUCACAGAUUCUAUACCAGAUAAAGGACGGGUAAUCUGACUAGUAGUUGCAUACUGUGGAGGUUGGAUAAACAUCUAGUUGAAUUGAGUAGUUGGGAUUUCUAGGUUCAAUGAGCUCAAAGGGCAAAAGCAAUAGCCUUCAUCUGGGAGAUUCAUCUUUGUCCAUUUGUUAUUCUCAAUGCAAUCAUGGCCAAGCCUGGCGAGAAAGAAAUUAAGGGAAUUCAGUACCUAACUAGAUCAUCAUGAUACUGUCAACCUGCCAUGUAGUGUUUCAUCAACGGUAUCAUCUGCAGUUUCAAUUUCUUGUUUUAGUUAGGUAGGAAAUCUAUUUAAGGGUAGACACUGCAGUGCAUUUUGUAAGAAGGUAUUGUAGUUGUAAGCUUGAAAUGAGACAAAGUAUUCCAUGUUUCCCAGUUUGUUUUCA